AUGGGCCGGGCGGUGGAUUCCAGUAGUGAGGUGGCCAGGCGGUGGCCGAGGUUGCUAGGUGGCGGAGGAGGCUGGGCUGGGCGGGGGCCGUUGGGGCGAUGGGCCAUGGAGGCGGAGCAGGCUGAUGGUGCAGGGCUGACGAUGCGGUUGGGAGCUACAGCAGUGGUAGGGCCGGGAGCCGCUGCAAGCAGCGGAUGGUGGCGGGGCUGCGGGGAGCUGCGACACAAAGGAGGCCGCAGGGAGGCAAUGGCAGGGCUGCGGUGCGGAGGAGGCCAGGAUGGCGAGGGCCGCUACACCGUGUGGCAAAAUUCCAUACCCUUUUCCAAAGCUCCCAUUUCGCAGAGGGUGGGGGGCUGUUGGCAAAGCUUUGCAAAUUCUCCAUCUGUCCUCAAACAAACUGACGGGGAGAACACCCCAAGAGCUGAGCCUGCUGAGCUGCUGGAGCAGCUGCUAUUACAGGACAACAAUCUCAAUGGCAGCAUACCUUCACAUAUUUCACAGAUGAAAUCUUUGCAGUAUCUCAAUAUGGGCAGAAACCUUCUCUCUGGAAAUAUACCGCCUGAAUUUGGUAAGUUACAAAAGCUUAGAUAUCUUUCUUUGGCUGUGAAUAACUUGUCAGGAAGCAUUCCAAAGGAGGUAGGCCAAUUGAGUUCUUUGGAAAGCCUUUAUUUGUAUGUGAAUCAUUUCUCCGGAAGCAUUCCCUCUGAGCUGGGCAAUCUAAGUAGGCUGCAUGAAAUGCAUUUGGGAAACAACUAUCUUUCCGGACAGAUACCACAACAGCUAUUCGUGCUACCAAAUCUACAGUCGCUGAGCUUGAGCAAAAACAAUUUAAGUGGCAGGCUCACAUUGUCUUCCUGGCGGCUUCUAGUCCACAUUGAUGUCUCAGGCAAUAGAUUAUCUGGUGACAUUUUUCCUGUAAUCGCAAAUUGUUCUGAGCUCAACUAUAUCUUUCUUGACAACAAUUUGUUUGAAGGGAAAAUAUCUCCCGAGCUUGGGUUAAUGAAGGGUCUAUUAGUAUUAUCUCUUUCAAAUAAUCACCUGGCAGGAAAUGUUCCAGCUUCCUUUGGAAAUCUCAGCAAUUUGAUGUAUCUCAAUCUCGGCUACAACCGUCUGGAUGGAUCUGUACCUGCGAGCUUGAAAGAGAUGACAAAGCUGAGAUUGUUAUCAUUGAAAUAUAACAGUUUGAAAGGCUCUUUGCCCGAGUGGGUUUGGAAUUCGAAAGAUUUGCAUGUAGUGGACUUGUCAAACAAUCUGUUUUCUGGCCAUAUUUCGCGUCAAUUUUCUGAGUUGCAAGUUCUGCGGAGUGUACCCAAUCCUUCAGAAGAGGGUUCUCAGGACGACAUAUUGUGGGGCAGCUUUGACGCUCUGUCGGGCAAUGGUUUCACCAGUUCAGACAAAACCAACGCCCAGUUUAUUUUCAAGGGCCACCAGCAAGAUUUCCAACGUCUUUACCGCACAGAGGGCUUCAUAGACUUGUCCAGGAAUCGGCUAAGUGGUAAAAUUCCCUCACAAUUUGGCCUGCUCAAGGGACUCAGAAGCCUAAAUGUUUCUUCCAACAAAUUGUCUGGGCAUAUUCCGCCGGAUCUCGGCAGUUUACCAAUUUUAGAGUCACUGGAUCUAUCAAACAAUAUACAGGAGGGUGGUCAGUUCAAUACCUUAGAUAAUUCAUCUUAUUUUGGCAAUGCGGGGCUUUGUUGCGCUCCCCUGUCGAAAACCUGCAAACUAAGAAACAGAACGAUUGGGACGGUAGCCCGGGAAGAGGGUUCUAAACAAAACACAAGGGCAAUUGAAUUAGCCGCUAUAGUUAUUGGAAUCGCAAGCUUCUUUCCGAUUUGUACUGCGAUCUUCUUCAAGUGGAGGUGUUCUCACGCGCCCAUUCAAGAUGCUACUGAUGACAUGGAGAUUUAUUGUUUUGGAGAGGGUUUGAAGGUGACGGAAAAGGAGUUGUACAAUUGUACAGACGGAUUGAACGACACAAAAAUCAUAGGCACUGGGGCGUCUAGCACUGUGUACAGGGGAGAACUCAGCAGAGGAAUGACCGUUGCAAUCAAGAAGCUCAAUGUAGAGCAGCUUGGCACAGAGGCCCAACGGAGCUUCGUGGAAGAGUGCAAGACACUGGGUAAAAUUAAGCACAGGAACCUUGUCAGAAUACUGGUCGUUUUCUCCAAUCUGGCUACCAAAAUGCUUUUCCUCCAAUUCAUGCCCAAUGGUAAUUUGGAUAUGCAUUUGCACGGCUCAGAUAUGUGCCGACUUAGCUGGCAGACCAGACUGAGGAUCGCAUCAGGUGUUGCAAACGCUCUGAUGUAUCUUCAUGAAGAAAGUGGUGUCGGGGAGAUUGUACACUGUGAUUUGAAGCCUUCCAACAUCCUCCUAGACCAAGAUUUCGAGGCCCAUAUCAAUGAUUUUGGAAUUGCACGCUUAAUCGACCCUGAACUUCACGGGGCAACACUUUCCAGCACAUUUAGAGGCUCACUGGGAUACAUAGCCCCAGAAUUCGCCUACAGCGAAAAGGUUUCAACAAAGGCGGAUGUUUAUAGCUACGGAGUUGUGGUGCUUGAAAUGAUUACAAGGAGGAAACCCACGAGCACAUUUGAUGGCGAAAUGACGUUGCGUGAAUGGGUAAGGUGUUGGUAUCCGAGUAAAGUAAUGGAGGGAGUGGAUGACGGUGUUAAAGAAAAUGCCACAACCGAUCAAAUAGUUUCCCUGUUAAAUGUUGGCCUCCUCUGCACUCAAGCUGCUCCCAGUAGCCGCCCAUCCAUGAGGCAAGUAUUGUCUCUUUUGACCUCCAUCCACAACGCGUCCCAUUAA